CAUAGACUUGCUGGUUAUCACGUGGAGGCAGAAGAGCAACGUGGGACCUGACUUCUCUGUGAGGAAGACGGACUAAGACACAGACAUGACGCAGCUAAACAAUGUGGUAAAACCCAAGACAAAGCGGGCCAAGCGCUUCUUAGAUGCCAGAGCGCCGAAGCUGAGUGAGGACCUGAAGACUGCCAUGAUAAUGAAGGGGGGGAACACCAGUCUCACCGUCACACAGGCUCUCAAGGACGUGUAUUCCCUGAAGAAACCCAAUGCUGUGCUGUACAAGAAAAAGAACAUAACUCGGCCAUUUGAGGACUCCACUUCACUGGAAUUUUUCUCUAAGAAGACAGACAGCUCUCUGUUUCUGUUUGGCUCUCACAACAAGAAAAGACCCAAUAAUCUCAUAUUUGGUCGUCUCUUUGACUUCCAUGUGCUGGACAUGAUCGAGCUUGGGAUUGAGAAAUUUGUCUCGCUGAGUGAGAUUAAGGUGAGUAAAUGUCCUGAGGGAACUAAACCAAUGCUUGUGUUUGCUGGAGAUGCCUUUGAUACCGAAGUUGAGCACAAACGUCUGAAGAGUCUGCUCAUAGACUUCUUCAGAGGCCCCACUGUGCCUGCAGUGCGCCUGGCAGGUUUAGAGCAUGUCAUACACUUCACUGCCCUGGAUGGGAAAAUAUUCAUGCGGAGCUACAGGUGUCUGCUGAAGAAGUCUGGGUGUCGGACACCACGGAUAGAGCUGGAGGAGAUUGGGCCGUCUUUUGACUUUGUCAUGAGAAGAACACAUCUGGCUUCAGACGACUUGUACAAAUUGGCCCACAGACAGCCUAAGGCCCUUAAGCCAAAGAAGAAGAAGAACAUUUCCCAUGAUAUCUUUGGUUCCAAGUUUGGCCGGCUGCACAUGCAGAAGCAGGAUCUGACCAAGCUGCACACACGCAAGAUGAAGGGCCUGAGGAAGAGGAAGGGAGAGGUGGUUGCUGAAGACCAGGCUGGACAGGCACCCAAAGUGGCUAAAGAAGAAAACUGAUGUACGAGAUGGGAGAGCUGGACUGCGUUAGUCACUCGUGCAUGUGGAUCAGUGUCCAGAGCUGGACAAUCAUGGUGUCUAUACCACCAACCAUGUGCUUAUCAUUGCCAGAUCUUACUGUUAGAAGGACUUUGCAUGUGAGUUGCCACCAGGCUGUCAGGACACAGAUCUAUUAUUCCCUGACUUUUCUUUGCCCAUUGUAUUUUCCCAUGGGACAUUGUGAUUGUUCUUUGACAUGUAAAUGUGAGGUCAGUUCAGUCCUAACAAAUGUCAUCCACUGAAUUAUCAGAAUGUAAGUUAACCAGCAGGAAAUAAAACUUUUUCUAAA